CCCGAGGCCUCCCCACACAGAGGAGAGACGCGUCAGUCGGUGAGGCGAUCGCACAGGGUGAGGAACGAUGCGAGUGCCGAGUUUCCUCUUGUGUCUCGUCGGUUCCCUGGCGACUUCCGGUGAUCGCGAUGAAGAGAUCGCGAAUCCGGAUGCCUUGAACGAGGCUGCGGCUUGGUCUUACAUGAAAGACUAUAACGCGGAUGCGUCAAAAACGUGCAAUCGAAACACUCUCGUCGGUUGGGCCUACGCCACUGAUCUCACCGAAGCGAAUCGUCAGGCUGUCUUGACAGAGAGCCUGGUAUCUGCGCACUACUGGAAGGAAACGUGGAAGAACGUGACCUCGUUCGAAUGGAGAAAAUUUCGCACCCCAGAGUUGAAGCGGCUCUUCAAGUCUCUCUCCAUCCUCGGCACGGCUGCCCUCCCGGAUUACAAAUUCACACGGGUCGAACAGAUGAGAAGUCGGAUUACAGAUCUGAAGCGGAAGAUGACAAGCGCCUGCGACGCCGACGAGCUCCAAUGGAUCUGGGAACAAUGGAGAGAAGCCACGGGAAAGAAGAUGAGGGGGAUGUACAGGGAAUUCAUCGACCUCAGCAGUGAAGCUGCCAAGGUCAACGGUGAGUCUUAA